UUAAUGUUGUAAUGUUUUCACGCCGCGGUCAGUGAUCGUAAUGAUAAAGAAAGGAUGUGUUUAUAGAGAGCGGAGCCGGAGCCCAUCUCAGGGCCUGGCCAGUCAGAGCUGCUGCGCAUGCGCACCGGAGCAGCGCUAAUGGCGGAGAGCGUGCGGUCGCCGUUCGAUUACCGGGAGCCCCCGACCCUCGACAGCGACGGAGAUGGCAGCAAGCCGCCGCCGCCGCGCGGGCGAGUGUGUGGCAGGAAGAGGAAGGGGACGCCGGUGAAGGUGUGUGACAGAGCAGCGUAUGUGACGGAGGACGAGGAGGAGAGUCUCUCUGAACACAGUUACAGCCCAGGAGAUGAACAGUACCCAGAGGGAUCUGAAGACCGUCUUCCUCCGCCGGGCAGCCCAUACUACCUCACCGACCCGUCACAGCUCUGUGUGCCAGAGCUGGCUGAAGAGGGCGCUAGCGGGGUCCGCGGCCCCGUGCUGUUCCACCCCCCGCCCAACUGCAGGAUUAGAGAGGUGCAUUGUGGGAGUCAGGUCCGGCUCGUCGUCAUAGCCAUUCGAGACAUUGCCAAAGGCGAGGAGAUCACCGUGGACUACAGCCUGACCGACUGGGGAGACAAUGCCAUGGGCUUUCAUACGUCGGUGUCCCCACGCGGGUUUGAAUGUGGAUUCAACCCAGAGAGCAACAUCAAGAAGGAGGAGGAGCCGGGUUCACUCCCUCUGUCUCUCACCGUUUCUGACUACCUCACUCCGUCAUGGUCUCUGUCUCCCUCGUCCUCUCCGCUGUCUCACUCCGAGGCCAGCGACUCUGACCGAGAGGAGGAGGAAGAGGAGGAGGAGGACGACGACGAUGACGACGACGACGAGGAGGAUCUGGAGGACCUGCGGGGCCGCAUGAUGAGGCGCCGCAAGAAACGCAAAACUACAGCCACUGUCAAGAAGAAAGCCCCGCCCGCCCCUGUCCUUCGCAUGCCCCGCCCCUCCUCACCGCCGCCGCCCUUCCAGCAACCUCUAGCCACGCCCACCACCAACAUAAACAAUAAUAUAAACAUAAACAUCGGCGCGAGCGGCACUCUCUCCCGCAGACAGCACUGCCCGUACUGCGGGCGGCACUUCCGCUCCCUCGCUAGGCACCUGGAGAAACACCACGAGCAGCAGCCCGAGGUCCGAGCCGCCAUGGAGCUCUCGCACCUCCCCAAUCAAGACUCCUCCUCUCACUCCUUCUCCUCUCCUGCUCAGCCCUCAGCCGCCCUGGGAGCCACCUCCCUGUUCUCCCGUGAGCGAGACGCUUUGUCUUCGCCUCCUAAAACGGGAGGCGUCUCUUUCUCGCUCUCGCUGUCUCCGCCCCCUGCCCCCAACUCCUCAAAGAAGAGCUCGGCCAUGAUAGUGACGCCUAGAAAGGGCACUAAGAAGAGCCCCGCCGUCUCGCCCAACCCUCCCGCCCGGAGAGGACGGCCGCCAAAGAAGGAGAAAGAACAGCAGCUGAAGAAGCAGGAGGAGGCGGAGCGAGCGAAAGAGGAGGCGCCUCCCACGCCUGGGAAACAAGAGGAGGAGGAAGAGUUUGACACGAGAGAAGAAGCGAGCACGGAGGAGAAGAACGGGGAGAUGGCCAGCUCCGGACGCUCUCACAUGCCUCCUCUUCUGUCGUCGCUCUCCACCCUGGUGAUGUUCCUCCGCCGGCAGCAGCACUCCUCCUUCCUGUCGCUGUCCCGCUCUCCCCCCUCGGCCGAGGCCUGGCGCCUGCUCUGCCACUCCAGCCUGGCUCUGCUGAUCCUGUAUAACCGGCACCGUGAGUGUGAGGUGGCCAAGCUGACGGUGCAGGACUACCGGAGCCGCGCGUCCUGCGCCUCCUCCUGCGACGCCGCCCUGUCUCCCUUCGAGCGCGCCGUCCUCGGCCAGCUCCCGCGGGUCAGCGUGCUGGGCAAACGCGGCCGGCUCCAGCCGCUCAUCCUGCCGCCGCACUCCGAGGCCUGCCUGGACCUGCUGCUGAAGACGUCUGCGGACGUGGGCGUGGACCCCCAGAGCCCGUACGUGUUCUCCCGGCCGUAUCACUCCCCGGCCACGCCGCUGCGCGGGACCGACCUGCUGCGGAGCCUGGCGCGCACCAGCGGAGCGAAGAACCCCACGACGCUGACCGCUCCUCGCGCGCGCCGGCAGGUGGCCAUCCUCACCCAGCUGCUGCUGCUGGACGAGGGCGAGCGCGCCGCCAAGCGCCUGGAGGACUUCCUGCAGAGGGAGUAUCACGUGACCCAGAGCUGCGCCCGCAUCGGCCAGGACCCGGCGCUGAUGAACCGUGUGGGGAGGGUGGUGCUCUACGGAGAGAGAGAGGGAGUGCUCUUCAGAGGAAUGAGCCUGCAGCACAUCUGCCUGGAGCUGGACGUGAUGUCGGGGAACUCUGCCGACUCUUUCUCAGAGGACUCUGAUGGAGAGGUCAGUAAGAGUAAAGAGCGAGCCGAUGCUGGGAAGAAGGAAGGCUCGAGUAAUCGAGCUCCACGGCCGAAGAAGAGCAGCAGCGCUCGUCAGUCCACGAGCUCGUCGUCAGCGGCACACAAGAGACGUAGCGCUCAGGUCAAGUCAGGAAAGCGUGGCGUGCUGAAGCGGCCGUGGUCUGAGGCGGAGCGGGUGGCGGUGGAGACACACCUGAAGAGGAACAUCAUGGAGCUGCGUGUUCCUGCGAAAGCGGACUGUGAGCGAUGCCUGCAGCUCUGUCCUCUGCUGGUCAGUAACCAGAGAGACUGGAGAGCCAUCAAGUUCUACUGCCACAACCGCAUCCAGCUGCUGAAGAAACAGGGACGUCGAGACGGGACCACGACCACCUGCUGACCACAGUAACACACACACACACACACAGACAGACGAGACCAUGACCGUCUGCUGACCACAGUAACACACACACACACACAGACGAGACCAUGACCGUCUGCUGACCACAGUAACACACAUACACACGCACACACACACAGACGAGACCAUGACCGUCUGAUGACCACAGUAACACACACACACACACACACAGACAGACAGGACCACAACCGUCUGCUGAACACAGGUACACACACACUCACUCACACACACACAGACGAGACCAUGACCGUCUGCUGACCACAGUAACACACACACACACACACUCACACACAGACAGGACCACAACCGUCUGCUGAACACAGGUGUACACACACACACACACACAGAUGACAGAACGGUGUAGUAUUUUGUUUAAUAACUGUUCUUCUAAGCUAGCACGCUGUGCAAUCGCACACACACUUCCCACAUUCCCCCGUGUGUGUGUUUCUCUGUCGAUCUGAGGAACAGACUCAGAAGCCCAGCGGUCUGGACCGAAGCAGGUUCAGUGACGUUGCGGCGUGACUCUCUCUCUCUCUCUCUGGACUGUUUUUACGCGACUGCCGUCUCUUGAUUGGCCGUGAUGGGUCUGGAGCUGGAGCAGUGUGGGAUUAUUUGGGACCAGCGUUUCUUUCUGAGCUCAAGGUCGGUCUUACCUCACGUGAUUCUGUCUGACAGAUGUCUCUGCAGAUCAGGGUCAGUCUCACAAACAUGUCCAGGUCAUAAUAGAACAAAGUGGAAAUCAUAUUUUACAUAAAGAUAAUAAAGAGUCAUCUUUAGGAUGAUACAGAAAACAAAACCUAAUUUCUGGACCUUUACCUUUGAUUUGAUUUUCAUUCAGUAGUGCUUCUCUUUACUGUAACACUUUGACUUUAUUUACAGAAGCAGAAUAAAAUACAGCAAAUAAAACCCCAGUGUAUAAAUACAAGUAGUUCUUAAAUAGCAUGAAAAUGACGGCCUGGACAUGUUUGUAAGUUGACCUGGCUGUAUUUUGAAGUAUUGUUUGCCUUAACGUCUGUUGUGUUCUUGGUUUUAUAUUGAUCUCGUCCGGCUGCAGCCGAUAUUAAACCCGGUCCCAUUCACUCGUUUCUAUGCAUCAUCAGUCAGUCGCGUUUCAUUCCGUUGGACUUUAUUUUGCUCAUCUGUGCCAACCCGAACACGAAUGCGUGGUGUUUGUGGUGAAAUCUCUCUCCUGUACAGUCGUCUGAUCUCUGAUCUGUGUACAGUGACGUAUCGUAACAUAUUAGCCAUUAGAGUGUUUCACUGCGUGAUGAUGUACAUUCUGUAAAUAUGACUUAUAUGAAAGUACUACGAUUUAAAGUUGUUUUCUUAAUGCUGUUGUAAAGGUAUAUCAGAUUUUAGAGAGACAAUAUCUUGACAAAUACAGAGCUUAAUGUCACACUGCAAAGAAAAAACCAUUGAAUUUCAGACUGUCAUGUCUUUUUAUUAAAUUACAAACACAUGGAAA